AUGGAGGGUAGACGUAACAAGCACGGCCGCGGCCACGUCGGUUUCGUGCGCUGCACGAACUGCGCCCGUGCCGUCCCUAAGGACAAGGCCAUCAAGCGCUUCACCGUCCGCAACAUUGUUGAGGCCGCCGCUGUGCGUGACCUGAGCGAGGCCAGCGUGUACGACGAGUACGUGCUCCCCAAGCUCUACAUCAAGGUUGCGUACUGUGUGUCGUGUGCGAUCCACGCCAAGGUGGUGCGUGUGCGUUCGGUCGAGGGCCGCCGCAACCGCGCUCCCCCUCGCCUGCGUUUCAACCGCGACAACCGCAAGCCCAACCCGGCUGCCGCUCAGGCCGCUGGUGGUGCCCGCGCGUAA